AUGACCAAGAAUAAUCUCAACAGCUCCCUCUCAUGGCUCUUGCAGCACCCACACUCUUUCGGAUGUUUGGAGCACAUAUCUGUUAUUGCUGAUACUGCCGGUGUAUCAUACGAUGAAUCAGAGGCAGCAGACACGAACGAGGAGAUGGCAAGACUGCAGCUGGCACCCCAAAUCCCUCCCAGACCGAAACUGCAUACUCAAUUGCAACGCGACCCCAAUCCACUUCCCACGCCCACUCCUUCCCGAUCUUCUGUCGACAACAAGCCGCAAUCAAGUCUAUCGAAGAAAUAUGGAACGCCGUCCAUACGCCAGCACACCCCUAAGCCACGUACACCUGUAACCAGCUUUGAUGACAUCAACUUUGAUGAUAUCGACCUACUCGAUAUUGAGGAAGUUGAUCUCACUGGCGAGGUCACGACUUCUUCCUUUGGCGAAUUUGGUCCCCCGACACAGCUAUGGAACGAAAGGUCGGCAUCUCGUGUAGAGCCAUCGCCAAAGAAGAAGGGAAAGAAGAGGAAAAGCGAUGAAUAUGAAUCAGAUCUGCUCUCUCCCCAGUCAAAUCGCAAGUCCACGAAGGUGGUCUCGCAACGAGCAACGACGACUACCUCUCCGAUCCGCGCCAGCCAGACCAGCAUCGUCAAGAAACAUUUUGAAGAAGAAGUUAGUCUGACGCAGAAAACAACUCGGCACAGGGCCGCGGCUGCUCCGCCGGAUACAGUCUUCGAUUGUGAACCCGAAGCGAUCGGCGGAAGUCCAGUUCAUCAAGUGAACGUAACGGAAAAAUCCACUCAACCGCAAACUCCCAUGGGUUUUGUACAUACUCGAGCUCGAACUCAGCGAUCGCUGCAUGUCAUUCCUGAUUCUGACGAUGAUGAAGAUCCCCCCCGUGCUCAAAAGCUCGAAUCCAAAGCUUCGAGCCAAGCAUAUCCUGGGGAAGGGCGUGGUUUAGGCUUCGGUGGUUUGGCGGCAAGAGAAGAUCCUGCAGAGACUGCCUUCUGCUCGCCGUCUCGAUCUCCAUCUUUCCCGUUCCAUGAACCGCCUGGACCAUCGGAUGCCGUGGAAAUGGAGCGAGCGCUGACGCCGCAUCCCUCAUCAAAUCCAGGAAUUUUGAUCCAUAACAGCACUCCGAUCCCAAGCAUCGCUGGCAGCUUGACGCUGGAACAGAAAACAAUCAUUGAUGACUUCGUUCUGAACGGUAAAGACCAGCUACAGAGCCUCGUGCAACGGCUAGAGGAGUCGAAGGAUGCCGUCGGCAGGCAAAUCCUGGAGGAGAUGUGCGAACGGGGCGCCGCUUCUAGCCAAUUAAAGGAACGGCAGAAGGCAAUAGGAAACAAGAUCAGUGCAGCAACGCGGCUUCAGGAAGAAUCUGCCACUCUCUACAAACUUCGAAACGAGCGGGAGCAAAUGCUCAUCCAGCUGGAAGAACUUCGUAAAUCGGGCCAUGUUAUUGAGCCCGAUGAUCCUGAGGAUGUCUUGACGUUGUUAUGCUCAAAGAUUUUCAAGGCAAAGCGCGAGAUUGACGCUCGUGAGCUUACAAUCUCCGCCCUUUUGGAACAGGUGGGUGUCUCGACCUCUAGCAAAACGAGGGAUCAUCCAAAACAAGACCGAGAGCAUCUGGCUUCCCCAACCGCAAAGUUAUCGAACCAGAAGGUCCUAGUUGCCUCUACACAAAAGCCACCUCAAUCUACGUCAAAGAAUGUUAUUAAUGAAACUCCUCGAGGCCUUUCUCACCUCUCAACUCAAUCGAUCCGCCAAACUCCAUCUUUAUACCGAGACGAUGCACUUGACUUGGCCAUCAAGUCGUCGAAUCGAAGCCCUUCUCCUCUUCGUGAAUCUCCCAGAAGAUCUCAUGUAUCGGAGUUGGCAAGAAUGAGCAAUUCUACCCCUUACGUCUUUGGCAUGUCCGGCCCGAAUCGCGUGCCCGUCAGUGCGAUUGUGAAUGCUAACGUGGGCGGCUUUUCGAGAACAAUGGGUAGCCCAGCUCGUGACUUUUCGUUCGAUGAAGAAGAUUUCGAGGAUGGUCUAGAUGACGAAGAAAUGUACAUGGUUGCAGAACAGUACGAACAAAAUCUACCUCCUGUAACAUCUAGGCCCUCUGACCGAAGUGAGCGCUCUGCUCUGCAUGAAGUCAGCGACAACAUUCUCAGAGUACCGUCCCAGAAGCCUACAACAGCAUCAUCCAUAUCUCCCCCCCCACCAGCAGCUCUGAUGCAGCAUCCAUGGUCGAAAGACGUGUAUUCAACUCUCAGGAAAAAGUUUCACCUUCAAGAGUUCCGCCACAAUCAACUGGAAGCCAUCAAUGCAACUCUGAGCGGCAAAGACGCUUUUGUGCUGAUGCCUACCGGCGGAGGCAAGUCUCUGUGCUAUCAGUUGCCAGCUGUGGUUCAGAGCGGUCGGACGGCGGGCGUCACCAUUGUUGUCUCCCCCUUGCUGAGUCUCAUGCAGGAUCAGGUGGAUCAUCUGCAAAAACUGCACAUUCAAGCUGUCCUCGUCAAUGGGCAGACUCCACAGGAACAUCGAAAUUAUAUCCUCCAAGCCUUGCGAUCUAGCGAGCCAGCGAAGUUCGUCCAACUGCUCUACGUUACACCCGAGAUGCUCAACAAGAGUGAGACAUUCUUCAAGGCCUUUUUGGAUCUGAAUCAGAGGCGACUACUUGCCCGCAUUGUGAUUGACGAGGCACACUGCGUUAGCCAGUGGGGACACGAUUUUCGUCCCGACUACAAGGCCGUGGGCGAGGUGCGCCGACGCUUCAUGAAUGUGCCAGUGAUGGCGUUGACCGCGACUGCAACCGAAAACGUGAAAGUGGAUUGCAUGCAUAAUCUGGGUAUGGAUGGCGCUGAGGUUUUCACUCAGAGCUUCAAUCGACCUAAUCUUACGUACGAAGUGAGGCCCAAGGGCAACAAGCGAGCGGUCCUUGCAAGCAUUGCUUCUCUUAUACAGGAGUCUUACAAAGGACAAGCGGGAAUCAUCUAUUGCCUGUCGCGCAAAGCCUGUGAAGAGGUUGCGAAGCAACUUCAAGAAGAAUAUGAUAUCAAAGCUCGACAUUAUCAUGCUGGACUCGAACCCCCAGAGCGAAUCCAUAUCCAGAAACAAUGGCAAGCCGGGGUUUACAAAGUAAUUGUUGCUACGAUUGCGUUCGGCAUGGGGAUUGACAAGGCAGACGUCCGAUUUGUAAUCCACCAUACGAUUCCCAAAAGCCUUGAGGGCUACUACCAGGAGACAGGUCGAGCUGGCCGAGAUGGUGGUAGAGCUGGGUGCUAUCUCUACUACGGCUACGGCGACACGACCUCCAUCAAACGGAUGAUUGACAAGGGCGACGGCGACUGGCAGCAAAAAGAGCGACAGAAGCACCUGUUGCGCAAUGUUGUCCAGUUCUGUGAGAACCGCAGCGACUGUCGUCGACAGCAAGUCCUUGGGUAUUUCAACGAACACUUCAAGCGAGAGGAUUGUAACAAUACCUGUGACAAUUGUAACUCGGCGAACACCUUCGAAACACAAGACUUUUCGCAACAUGCCAAGCAUGCAAUCCGAAUUGUCCAGCAAGUAUCUCGGGAGCAGGUCACCCUGUUGCACUGUGUCGAUCUCUAUCGUGGUGCCAAAACCAAGAAGAUGUCUGAACUCGGCCACAACAAACUUCGCGAGUAUGGCUUGGGGGCAGAGUUGGCCAGAGGCGAUGUGGAGCGAUUAUUCUACCGGCUCAUUAGUGAGGAUGCUUUGGUGGAAUAUAACAAGGUCAACGCGGCUGGCUUUGCCACGCAGUAUGUGAAGCCGGGACCCAGAGCGCCAGAAUUCGAGGCCGGCCGAGAAGCGUUGAGGAUGCAAGUCUUGGUCUCACCGAGAGAUAAAUCGAAAUCCAAGGCGGGCGGAACGAAGGCCGGGAAGAAAACACAACGCACAGGGGUCAAAGCCGCUGCUGACGAUUAUCCUGCGUCCACCAACGUUUCUUCGCCGUUGCAGCCUAGGUCUCGCAGGAUCCCUCCUCGUGCACAGUUUGACGACGACUCUGACGACGAAUUUGUCGACCACGUAGAAGAUGAUGAUGACGACAGCUUCUCCUUUGAUUCGAUGCCUGUUGUUAGCGGACACCGGCCCAAGACAAACACCAGAAUCGGACCUCCAAUUACCUCGGACGACAGGACGGAAGGACUUGACGAGAUUCACCAACACAUCCUAGAUGACUUUGUCGAUAAUGCAAAAAGGGAAAUUAAGCGCAUUCAGAUUGCUAAAGGUCUACGGCAGACAUCAAUAUCUGAUCUGAUACUUCGGGAAAUUGCCACUCACUUUCCACGAGAUGAGAAAGCACUCCGCAGCAUCAGCAAGAUGAAUCCAGAGACGUUCCAGAUGUUCGGGCCUGUCCUGCUACGACUGGCCAGAAGCGCCUAUAACGACUACACGGCGAUGAAAGAGGCAACAGGAGAAGAUGCUGAUGGGCCUCACGACAGGUCAAUUGUGGAAAUCAGCGACGACGAAGACGUGGGUCGAAUGGACGAAAGCGAGGAAGAUCUCGAUGAAACCGAGAGCAGUCACUACUUUAGUGUAGCUGACGAGGUCAGCCGUUUCAACGAGAAGCUAUCCCAGCCAUCGACACUCGGCACUCGGCCUCAGAAAGCUGCACCGAAAAAGCGGACCUCUCAGCCUAGAUCCGUUCCUUGGAGUCGCCGUACAUCGCGUGGCUCUCAGCAGCGUGGUGGGGGGAGCUCUAGGGGGAAAACGACGGCUGCAAAGGGUAAGAGAAGCAGUGGUGGCAUUGCCAGGAAGGUUAAAAGUGGUGUCAGCGCGCGGUCUAGCACCAGCAAUUCGGGCCUUCAGGAAUUUGUGUAUAAGAACAACAAAGGGGCCUCUUCCAGCCGCAGUCGCGGUGGAGGUGUUGGAGCAGGAAAGAUUAGCAUGAUGCCGACAUGA